AGCGGAGCUGUUCUUAUGAAGGAGGGCGUUUCGCUGUAUUUGAAGAUUGUGUGGGCUGAGUAAGUGAUGGAAAAUGGAGUCCUUCUAGAAAACGGUGUAGAUGCGAUGCCACGAGAUUGUCUCCGUCUAGAAACUGAAUACUCCCACAAAGUAAAGAACUUUUUUGGGCUUUAAAGAUAGUAUAUUUUAUUUCAAAACUGAAGACGCAUGUGAAGACGCCAGGGUGCUUUCUGCUUCAGAGAUCUCCAGGAUGUGUGAGGUGGACGUUUCUUCUGAGCCCACCAGCCCAACACUGUAUAGAGAAUCUUCUGAUACUUACUACCAUGUGGACCGCUGGCAGAAACUACGCACAGCUGUUCGCAAGCUAGAAUUCUGGGAAAACUUCACUCAUGAGCUAAUUGGCAGUGGCUUCUUCUCAAAGGUUUACAAGGUGACCCAUAAUACCACUCGGAAAGUGAUGGUAAUAAAGAUCUAUAAGAAUGAUGUGGACCAGGACAGCAUUGUACGAGAAAUCAGCCUUCUGCAGAAACUCUCUCACCCCAACAUAGUGAGGUAUCUGGGAAUUUGUGUCAGAGAGGACAAGCUGUACCCAAUUCUGGAGUAUGUUAGUGGAGGAUGCUUAGAGGAGAUGUUGGCCAGGAAAGAUGUGCCUUUGUGCUGGCGAGAGAAAGUGGACCUGGCCUCUGACAUCACGAGAGGGAUGAUUUACUUGCACUACAAAAACAUCUACCACAGAGAUCUCAACUCUAAGAAUUGUCUGAUAAGGGUGACCGCGAGAGGCAAAGAGGCGCUGGUCACUGAUUUUGGCUUGGCUAGAGAAGUUGUAGAACUUCCUGCAAAGGACAGGAAGCUUUCACUUGUGGGCUCCGCCUUCUGGAUGGCCCCUGAGAUGCUCCGCGGGGAACCAUACGAUCGUAAGGUGGAUGUGUUCUCAUUUGGAAUUGUAUUGUGUGAAAUUCUGGCUAGGGUCUCAGCCGACCCAGAAAUCCUUCCAAGAACUCAGGACUUUGGCUUAGAUGUGUCCGCAUUCAAGAAAAUGGCCAGUGGGUGUCCUCAGCAUCUUUUGGAGCUGGCAGCCAGCUGCUGUCUGUUAGAGGCUUUUCGAAGGCCCUCUUUCGCAGAGCUCCAGGAGGAGUUAGGUGAAAUUGCUGAAACUUUGGAACCUCCUCACACUGAUCUCACCACAGGCUGAGCUGCAGCAAGUCCUCCCAUCAAUUCUACAAUGGACAUGAACAGCUGGAGUUCUGUACAUAGACUUGAGCUUAAUGACAAAUACAAAUGCAGCUGAAAUGAACAUUUCUUUUGGAGCUGUUUUCAUUAAAAGAGCAGAUCAACAAAAAGGUCACAUAAUUUAUUAUGGAUGCUCAUCAGGUAAUUAGACAUACCGUCAUUACAGUUCAACUCAGCACAGCUGUACAUAGUAUAUACUGUACAGUAAUAGUAUACAAAGAGAAAUGUUGUUUCAGGUUCCAGCUACAGUGUUAGCUGUUUGCAGUGUCAACCUUUACAAAGCCACAGACUGUCAGAGACUGUAAACAAAUCAGUGUUUCUGUUUUUAUAUGAAUCUUUUAAAUUUAAAAUCACCCUAAAUCAGACUUUGAUGGCUAAUAUAACCAAUGAUAUGAAAAGAAUUAACUUAAAGGUCACAAAGCAUGUCAUUGGUUCUAAAUAAGCAAAUAAUAUUUUCAUAGAGUCUAAAGGCUUUGGUAAAUUUAUACAGUACAUAACCAGUUUUGAUUUAAAUUGUCUAUGAGAAAGAUAUUUAUAGGUAUUUUGGAACUAAAGACAUUAGUAUUGAAAAAGUAAAGAGUGUGUACUUUUCUUUCAUGGGCAAUUUAUACAGAAGCAAGUGCUCAUAACUUUUUCUCAUUUGUGGUUUUGGCUUCCACUGUGUGCUGAGGUGGUGCACUUUGGAAACCCUCCUUAGGGCUCACCAAUAACCACAAGGUGAUCCUGAUUUCCUUCCUUAAAGCAUGUAUUUUGCUCUCAUUUGUACUGUUUGUUGAAUUUGUUUAACCCUUUUUCUUUGAAACAUCCAAACAAACAACAAAGCUCAAGUCACACCUCUUGCUACCUUAUUGUUCAUUUUAGUUUGCUUAUUUCUCAUGUGUUAUGAAUUUCAGUAGUAAAAGUAUCAAAAAACAUGCAAGAUGGUUCCACCAAACAGGCUCCAAUAUGCAGUUACACCAAACAGCUUCUCUUAAAACAUUUCUUGAAGUCACUGAACAUAAUAUAGUAAGGUGGGGCUGCAAUCCAGGCCUUUGCUAUAAAUUCACUGGGGCCGGGACACAUUUUUACCAAUGUAGGCUACCAUAGGGGUCCUGAGUCCCCCUCAUCACAAGACCCAUCAAUGUACCUGAUUUACAUAAUUUGGCACCCUUAAAGGCCAUUCAGACAGAAUGUGUUAUUGCGUUAGAAAGCUAGAUGUAGUUCAAUGAUGUCUUGAGACGUGCUAUUAAAAUUUUAAAGCUUAACACAGUGUUAAACCUGAUGCUCAAUGAGCGAGAUGCUGAAAAAACAGCAAGCAUCAAAGGCAUCUGUCUAGUCGUGCAUGUUUACAUAGAAAAAAAAACACGGAAAUGUAUGCAAUAACAUUCUGUGUGAACGGCUCCUUGUUGUAUUUGUACUUUUUUCUUGUUAUUUGUGUUUAAUUUAUUAGUUCGUGUAAAAGCUGUUAUUUUAGUUUUUAAUCAUUUAUGCUUUAGAUGCCUUUGUGAAUUGCCUCUUAAACGUCUUUCAAGUUAACAUUAACGACAUCUACAUUCAGUGCCUCAAAGAGGAUGCUAGAGCUUUCCUCUAGUCUUGCAAAUCUCUUGGAGAGAAAUAUGUCAUGCUAACCUCCCUGUCCCUUGAACACAGUGCUGAUGUCUGUAUAGUCUGAAUCUUUCCGUGGUUUGUAGUGUUUUUGUAAUACAUAUUAUAUAAAGAUGAAAGGAAACUUAUUUGAAUGGUGUGUAUAUUUUUCAAAUAAAGCAAUUGGGAAAAACA